GACGACGCAAGUGUAGGAUGUAGCACAGGACGUGGCUAGCGAGCUAGUAGUGAAGAGUAGGACGUCCGAAAAAAAUUACAUUAAAAAAUCGUGACCGGGAUCUGUUUUGCCACACGCUGAAGGAGUCUCUGUGUCUCUUCCACCAGACAGAUGACCUGUGCCCAAUGUGAGCCGUCAGCAGCACAUCCAGAGCUGAAUGGAAGCAUUUGAGGCCUUUUGUGAGUGAGGAGGUCGUGGCUCCUAGUAAUGUACCAUGGGGUACGACGUUACGAGGUUCCAAGGGGAGGUGGAUGAAGACCUGCUGUGUCCUAUAUGUAGUGGAGUAUUAGAAGAACCUGUGCAGGCCCCACACUGCGAGCAUGCCUUCUGCAAUGCCUGCAUAACACAGUGGUUCGCCCAGCAGCAGAUCUGUCCUGUUGACCGCACAGUAGUGACACUAGCCCACCUCCGGCCUGUGCCACGCAUCAUGCGCAACAUGCUGUCGAAACUGCAGAUCAGCUGUGACAACGCGAGCUUCGGCUGCGUGGCCACGCUACGACUGGACCAGCUGCAGUCACACCUCAAGGACUGCGAGCACAACCCCAAACGGCCAGUCAACUGCGAGGAUGGAUGUGGCCUUGAGAUGCCCAAAGAUGAGCUCCCCAACCAUAAUUGUAUCAAACACUUGCGAAGCGUCGUCGGGCAGCAACAAACUAAAAUUUCAGACCUGGAGAAAACUGUGGCGGAGCAUAAACACCAGCUGGGCGAACAAAAACGGGACAUUCAGCUGCUAAAAGCUUAUAUGAGAGCAAUCCGCAGUGCUAACCCCAACCUGCAAAACCUCGAGGAGAGCAUCGAGUACAAUGAGAUUUUGGAGUGGGUCAACUCCAUGCAGCCUGCCAGGGUGACACGCUGGGGCGGCAUGAUCUCCACUCCAGACGCCGUGCUACAGGCAGUCAUCAAGCGCUCCCUCAUCGACAGCGGCUGCCCUCUAUCGAUUGUAAACGACCUGAUCGAAAACGCCCAUGAGCGCAACUGGCCGCAGGGACUGGCCACUCUCGAAACACGGCAGAUGAACAGGCGCUACUAUGAGAACUACGUUGCCAAGCGUAUCCCUGGCAAGCAGGCGGUAGUGGUGAUGGCCUGCGAGAAUCAGCAUAUGGGGGAGGAUAUGAUCCUGGAGCCCGGGCUGGUCAUGAUCUUCGCACACGGUGUGGAGGAGAUCUUAUAACUGUACUGCUUAGCUGAGCUCAUCCAGAGACAAGUGGGGACGUUUUGCUUUUUUUUGGGGGGUUUGCUGUGACGAGCAGGUUUUUCCUCGCUGGAGUGAAACCUUCCGAAUAAAUCUGGCUUUAUUUAAAAAAUAAAAUCUUAUCAGAGUCUCACUCCUAAGCUUGAUACCUAUGCCUUAAAGUAAGGACAAAUACAUUAUGAACCUGGCAAAUAGUAACAUAAUCUGACUGAUAUCCAAGAUAAAAGGUGAGAUGUGAUGUUUACAAGGUUUAUAUUUAGUGCAUUAUAUGAUCUGAUUGUUCUGCUCCUUGUCCUAAAUAUAGUGAUAAGCUUGAACCCCCAUUUAAUGUCCUCAGUUGUAUAAAUGCUUGUAAAUAGAAAUACUAUAUUGAAUUAUAAAUGUCAUUCUCUUAUUCCUCUCACUGUAAUUAGGUUGUGAUUUUUUUAAAUUUUUUGUUUUUGUUUAUCUCAGUUCUGUUUAGUCCAGCUUGUGUUUUUGCAGGGACGUCGGCUCGGAAGAUUUUUUUUUUUUUUUUUUUUUGUGCGUGUGUGUGAGUGUGUGUGCUUGCUUUAGUAUUUUAGUUUCUUGUGAAUAUUUCACACGACGUUGUGCUUCUCAGUUUAGAUUGUCCAAACCUUCUGUGCCAUUUGUUUUAUUUAUUGUGUUGCCUUUUACACAAACAUGCUUGAAGAUGUUACCAUUUUUGAUGUAUGGAAAUCUGCCUUUUUUCGGUGCAUUUGAAGUACGUUGCAGGAAGAUAUAAAAAAAAAAAGA